AUGUCCUCCGACACUCCUCUGCUCGAUCCGUCUAUCUUCUCCCACCUUCAGGAGAAGCUCGAUGAAGAGACCGCCGUUCGUGAUAACCUCACCCAGAUUAUCCAGCGUCUCGAGCGCGCCAUUGCCACCGCUCAAGGUCUUCUCUCUCGCGUUCACUCUACGCCCCGCGCUCGCUACCCUGCGCUUGUGUCACAGGUUGAAGAUGCUAUCAAGGAAGAGGUCACUAUUGUCAUGGAGCUGAAUGAGGUGGCUAGCAAGCACCCAUACUACAAAUACAACAGCAAGUGGGCGAGAACCGUUCAAAAUGCUAUCGGCUCCGCUGUCUACACUGCCUGGCUCGGUGGUCUAGGCUCUGACGCUCAGCCUGCUUCUCUCGGUCGCCUUCUCACUCUCGAGCAAGUUGGCGAGGUUUUCCAGGUCCCCACAAACCUCAAGGACCGCGAUGCCUUCCACUUCACCAUCGAGGAGUAUCUCCUAUCUCUGACGGACCUCACCAAUGAGCUUGCCCGCCUGGCUCCCAACGCUGUCACCCUCGGGGACUUUGAGCUUCCUCUCGUUAUCAGCGGGUUCAUCAAGGAUCUCUUCGCCGGGUUCCAGCUUCUCAACCUCAAGAACGACAUUCUCCGCAAGCGAGCUGAUGCUGUCAAGUAUGACGUCAAGAGAGUCGAGGAUGUUGUCUAUGACCUGAGCCUGCGUGGAUUGGUCAAAAGGGCUGGCGAGGGUGACACAGAGAUGGCUGCUGCCGAGUAG